AUGUCCCUUUCAGAAGAAAAUAUAAAAUGUCUUUAUCGUUGUGAGAAUAAACCUAAACGACGUCAAGUUUUGGCAAAAAUUUUAAACUGUCAGUCGUGUGAUAGUGACGAAGAUGAUAUAAAAACAUCAAUAUUGUUGGAUUUUUAUUUGGAAAGUAUUAAUUUCGCGUCAGAAUGCGGUUUCUCAUGGCAACAGGGAUUAGCUGUUUUUGAGCUUAUGAAAGAACUACUUAACAGUACCCUAGGUAAAAUUUUAGAUUGUUAAACUAAAUAAGCAUAAACUAAGCUAUGCUAAGCUUUUAUACUGGAUAAUUUUAUAUGUGUCCAUGUAGGUAGUGCUAAUUUAAUAUAAGAACAUUUUGGAUUUAUAGGGACAUAGGCCCUAGCCAGCUAGCCUCUAGUUAGGGAUACAACUACCAGAAAAAUACAAGGAGAACUUCGACGUUUUGAGCGAAGUCCAUUUGUUGGGGAAGCUACUAACUUCACGACGAAGAAACAUAGAAGUUUUCCUUGUAUUUGACAAGUACUUGCAUUCUUAUAUAAAUCCAAAGUUAUCAAAUUAUUAUCAUAUAGAUCUUCCACUGUUGCAAGCAACGGAGCAUUUCAAGACGAUUCUCAAGACCCACGCUACAACCUUGCCUUCUCAGAGACUGGCAAAUCUUAUAGACUUUGUAUUCUCGUUCUUCUUCAACCACUUUCAUUUGUACAAGUUUGUCUUCACAAACGAACGAGACGUGAAUAAGAGGAGCACUCAUCUCAGUGUUCAGACACCGCCCCAAGAUUUACCAGCACUUGGGAAGGGGACAGAGAAGUCGGAAUGGGAACGGCAGCAAGUUUUGAAAAAGCUGGAGGAACAACAUAAUAGAAAAAUAAUGGUAAGUGUAAACCAUAGAUAGAAUCGGAAGAGGAGGGAGCUAGGAUAUACAUCCCCUUAGAGAAAGGCAACACAUCAUUUCCUGGCUCCCCAGGGCUAUGGCACCCCCACUGGUAUCCCCCUUUUUUGAUUGAAGAAAAAGUAACAAUGGCCUGGUCAUGUGAUACAGAAACGAUCCACCACCAAGGAAGAAAAAUUUGUUUGUGACAAUUAAGUUUAGUGUUAGAAAGAGCCCAGGUUUGGCAUAAUUUAAGCUAUUUAUUAUGCUUGAUAAAGCCAGCAACUUUACUAUAUCAUUUCAAAAUUCAAACGUUUUUUUUUUCAUUAUAAAGGAAAAACAAUUACAACUCGAUUCAGAAAUUGAGAGACUUCAGUCUCUUGUCCACGACAAACUCUCGCUACUCAACACCAAGCAGCCAAUAACUGCAGAGGAUUUAAAUAACAUUGUGGAAGAGACGGUGAGAAUAUAUGUGGCUGAAGCAGGGUCGACCAUCCAGCAUUUGAUUGAAGAAAACCAGGAGAACUUGGUGUACGAGUUUGAGAGAUCGGCUGUGGGACAGGAUGUGGAAAAGAAUGUGAAAACGUCGGCCGGGAAGGCAAAGUCACCUGGUACUGGUUUGGGCAAAAAGAAAGCAAAAGCUGGUAAACCUGCCAAGGGCUAG